GCUCCGGUAGUAGGUCCUACUUCAGGCGGUCCCACCUCAGGUGAACAUUUGCUCGAUUUGACGGCUUUUCUGACCCGCCCAUUGUAAAAUUUUACAUUCCGCUCGUCACACGAAUGACCAGGUUGUUGUCACUUCAAAUGAACGCGUCCUAGUAGCUGGGAAGAGAGAAAUCUUCGAAACGGAUCAAGGUCCGCAGUUGCCGCUCCCUCCGCCCAGACCGGAGCCACAAUGCGCGCAGUCGUCCAACGGGUCAGCUCUGCCGCUGUACACGUGGACGGCCGCCUGGUGAGCUCUAUUGGCCGUGGCCUGUGUGUGCUCGUUGGCAUCCACCGCAACGACACCGAUGGCGACGUCGACUACAUUGUCCGCAAGGUACUCAACCUGAAGCUCUUCGACGGUGACGACGGCAAGCGCUGGCGGCGCUCAGCACGCGAGCUCGGCCUCGAGGUGCUUUGUGUGAGCCAGUUCACGCUCCAGUGUACCCUCAAAGGCAACAAGCCGGACUUCCACCUAGCGAUGGACGGCGACCGGUCGAGGGACUUCUACGCCGAGUUCCUCCGCAGGAUGAGGGCAGAGCACGGCGAGCAGCUGGUCAAGGACGGCGAGUUCGGAACGCUCAUGCAGGUGGACAUUCGCAACGACGGACCGGUCACCAUCGAGCUGGAGUCGUCCGGCUUCAAGAAGGUGCCACCGCUUCCGCAGGAGAGGGGAGAGCCGGACGGGGGCGUGGAGGAGGACCCCAACCCGUGAUGACGGUGCACGAUAUUCAAGGUGUAAACUGCCCGAAGAACCGGGUUUAGGUGCAAGGAGGACGUUGCACGUGCUUGGGAGAAAGGAGGCUCGGCUGACACAGAGUUUCUAAGUGCUUGGGAGAACCACAGUAGGAAGAAAUAUGGCAUGGGUCGGCCAAGUGAACCGUAGCUGGUGAAAGCCGGAACAGAAAAGCCGUACCGAUGGCGUACGACAGUGUGCGACAGCACCGAGUGAGGAUGUAUUGUGUGCUGGCAUGAAAGCGUGCAUAUUUGGCAUGGCUAGCAAUACAUUGGAUUCCCGGCCUGAAGAGCCGUUGCAAUGCCAGUUAGUUUAAAAAGUCCGUGGAAGGAAGGGGAAUUGACUGCCGCGCCUCGCUGCUUAAAUUAUCGGGCGGCUCUACGUCAGGAUAUGGCAUUGGAAGAAGGGAGUGAAAGUAGGAGUAUGUCUUUCGUUUUAAUUCUAUUAUUUAUAAGCAAGAGCCGCAUCUUUUUUCCUUGUCGCGAGCAGUUUCUACGCUGCAUCUUUUUUUCCUAUCGCAACCAGUUUUUCUGUGAUCUGUAACGGAAGCCACUUGGGUUUGACUGGAGUGCCUCAGCAUUGCCAACAUUGAUGUGCCCUAUGUCUCCUUUUGCUAAUAACGAGAUUUUGUUUCAUAGUAGACCAAUAGCAUAGCCAAUGGGGAGGCUUAUGGGGCUUCAGCCCCCUUGAAAUUCAGCCGACCGUAUAAUAUGCACAUGUAUUUUGAGCCCCUUUCUCCCUUUUUGCACCCCAAGUCAUGGACAUCCCAGCUGCUUUAGCCCCCAACCCCCGCCGAAAAAGGUUUUCUAGCUACGCCUCUGUAAUAGACCAAUUUCGAAAGCCCAUCGAGCAACAAUGACAGUCACCAUUCCUUAGGCACGAAGCGUGUGAUUGGAUCCGAGUCCUUGCCAAACGCUGACACAGCAGUCAUGUCCAAUAUAUGCUCAGAUUAGUAUGCGGAGUGCAAGUUUGUCUGCUUCUUGCACAGGGUUGUGGUGAAGUAAGAAUGCAGAGUUCUGAUUGGCUCAGAUUGGAAGGAUAGUGGGUAGACCUCCAUGCUAGCUGCCUUGAGCUGCCUGCGCAAGGAGCAGACAAACUUGCGCUCCGUGUAUGACAGAACAGUGGCGGACUCGAAUAAUUGACGCCGCAGUUACUAGAUGUGUUGGAUGUGUACCUGAAAGGAUGCGUUGGGGAUUGAUUGACUCUAAGUUUCAUGACUGGGGCUUGACACACCGCAGUUUCGUUUCUUGGCAACUUGAUAAAGCGUCCAUAAUAUCUUUCAACAACAAAGCAGUGAAGUUGCGUAUGAAAUUGAGCACUUUUUCGCCUCCUUUCGGGAUCUAUCCACAAUUGCAGAAUGUGGCAUUGCACCAUUUGCUUCCUUUGUUUGCGAGUGGGCACUGUACACUUAUUGUGCAGAUUAGUAAGCUCAAACCUUCAGGAACACUUCAACCUUAAAGGGAGGGUGCAACGAUUUCCGGACUUCGGUCAAACAUUUCUGGAAGUUGCCUUUUGACAUUUCUAAACUAAAGAACCAAAAACCGAUUUCGCCUGCGUGUCCUAGUUGUUGCGUAAAAAAAAGAAAUAUUGGCAUUUCGGGCACCCCUCAACUCACUCCCAGCCUUCAGGGUCACACCAGGUCCCCCUCCUAGUGACGUCAUUUGGAGUGCCGUGUAGGUUCCCGUGUGCUAUAUCGGAGGACGCUUCCUCUCCCUCUUCCUACUGACAUAAGCGGGCGUUAUGCUGCAGCUUAAAGCCGAGCGAGGUCACGUAAUCUUUUAACCGUAGUUCCUUCGGCUGCCACUUGGGGCUGCAGGUGAGGGAAAAAGCUUGACUUUUGCUUUGCGAUUAUGAAGCGGAAUCACAACAUUUUUAAUGAAGGAGGUGUUUUCUCUAUCCUCCGGGACACAAUAAACAAUGUAAAAAUGACGAGAUGCAAACUCUUUUAAUCAUAAAAUCGUUGCACUGCCCCUUUAAAUGACGCAGAAUUGAAACCAUGCCAGCUUGAUAAGCAGUAUCUCUUUGAGUGAAGUAGGCCCUGUUGUGGGCUUUCUAAAGAAUUGCAUGCAUGUUUUCGUUGCUUAAUAGGUAACCUCCAAAAAGUCAAAUAUUUGUGCAGUUUCUCAGUUCCUGCUGUGCUUGAUUGGCCCCGUGACUGUCAGUGCAGUCUGAAAUUUCUUUCCUUGCAUGUUUUGAUGAUUUUUUUUUUUUUUUUUUUUUUGCAAAUGUUUGGUUUUUAUUGUUUGGGUUGAAGCCUGAGGACAGCUUUCACGAGGAAGGCUGUCACGACGUCGUACCAACCUGCAAAAGGCUCGUGUGUGCUUAGAUUUUUCAAGUCUUUUCGAUUCCCUUUCGAAAGCCCGCUUACAAGUCUUUUAUAACCAGGCGUGGCCUAACGGAGAAAUUUUUUCCGGGGUGAUACUGGUAAUAAUAUGAACCUGUUUCAGGUUACGAAGAUUGUGUUGUAGCGUUGCACAACAAAAACAAAAGUGUGCUUAGUUGCAGUAUGCCAAUAUUAGGAAGUAUAUACUUUUGUCUGAAGCCAGCAUUGGGAAUUCUGGGACAAGCUCGCAGUAGGUAGUGAUGCUGCUGCUCAGAAAGCCAGUGUUGGUGAGGCUUGGUUUUCGUCUGCCUUGUGUGGGAAUGCAGAAUGUUUGCCUCAACCAAAUUAAAUCCAUUGCAUUGGACAAGAUUCCACUCCUA